GGGAAGCACGUAGCAGUCUGGGGCGUGGGAGUGCGCCGGCCCACUCAUGGCCCGCGUUCUCUCUCUCAUGCCACGCUCCUCUUCUGCUGCCUCAGCCUUCCCGCUCCUCUCUCCGGUCCCGCCCUCCUCCUCACGCCCCGCCCUCCUUACGCCCCGCCCUUCCCUCACACCCCGCCCCUUUCCCCCCUAGGUUCCUCGCCGCCAACCGUCAGCCUGAGCUAGCGCUCCGCAGCAGCGGGGAGCUCGAGGCCCCGAGGUGGCCGGUCGGGUGCCGCGCUGCUGAAGGAGCAUGUGCCCCUGGUUACAAAUCCUUCAAUGACAGUAGUUACAGCAAGUCCCAAAGCCCUUGAAGGAGCCCAUGUACCUCAACCCUGCCAGCGUCACCAACUUCUCAGGGUAUCCAGAUGGAACCGGUGUUAAUAGAAGUAACUGAAAAUAAGAAUAUCCAGAAAUAAAGCUUCCGUCUGCUUUUAGGGGAGUGUAUACCAACCCUGUGAAAUCCCCAGUCUUAAGUUUCUAUGGAAGAUAGAAUGAUGCAUCAUUACAAGAACUGAAUGAUCCUAACAGGGAAGCACUCACAUCUCAAGAUCUCUAAGAAGAGGUAGGAGAUAGUUAACAUGGAAUCAAAAGCUUGUGAAUCAAAAAAUGAAGAUCUUUUAUCAAGUGGCAUCACAUCCAAAGGCGGUUCUUCAAGCCCGUUUUUUGUAACGUCUGCUCAUGGUACAAUAAUUGAAAACACAUCUUCAACUGGGACUUUAACACAAAUGCCCUUUUUUCCUAAGUAUGAAGUGGAACUUGAUUCUCCUAGAAAGUCCACCCCUUACCCUGGAAAAGAGCAUAUUGAACGUGUUUUGGAAGAGUAUUCACAUCAAGUUAAAGAUUUGCAGAGAAGACUCAACGAAAGCAAUGAAUUACAUGAGAAACAAAAAUUUUAUUUAAGACAGUCAGUCAUUGAUUUGCAAACAAAACUUCAAGAAAUGCAAAUGGAGAGAGAUGCCAUGGCUGACAUCAGACGAAGGGAGAGUCAGUCCCAGGAGGAGUUACGAAAUCAGCUACAGAAUACAGUUCGUGAACUUGAAGCUGCCAAGAGCCUUAAGGAGGAUAUGUUGAAAGACAGCAGCACACAGAUAGAGCAGCUACGAAAAAUGAUGCUUAAUCAUGAAGGCGUGCUUCAAGAAAUCCGAUCAAUCUUAGUUGACUUUGAAGAAGCCUCAGGCAAGAAAAUAUGUGAACACGACAGCAUGUCUACCAUGCACUUCCGCAGCCUGGGCUCAGCUAUUAGUAAAAUCCUAAGAGAAUUAGACACAGAAAUCUCUUUUCUUAAAGGGAGGAUAUUUCCAGUAGAGGAUCAGCUUGAAACCCUGAAGUCUGAAUCACAGAACAAAAUAGAGCUAUUACUCCAACAACAUCAAGAUCGGAUUGAGCAGCUGAUAAGUGAACACGAAGUUGAGAUAACAGGACUUACGGAGAAAGCCAGCAGUGCUCGGAGCCAAGCCAACAGUGUCCAGAGUCAACUGGAAAUCAUUCAAGAACAGGCAAGGAACCAGAACUCCAUGUAUAUGCGCCAGCUCAGUGACUUGGAGUCUACUGUUUCUCAGCUGCGUUCGGAACUGAGGGAGACCAAGAGGAUGUAUGAAGACAAGAUAGAAGAGCUGGAGAAGCAGUUAGUCCUUGCCAACUCAGAGCUCACCGAGGCACGCACAGAGCGAGACCAGUUCAGUCAGGAGUCGGGAAAUCUGGAUGACCAACUCCAAAAACUGUUGGCAGAUCUUCACAAGAGGGAGAAGGAGCUGAGUCUGGAGAAAGAACAAAACAAGAGGCUGUGGGACCGAGACACAGGCAACAGCAUCACGAUCGACCACCUACGGCGGGAGCUGGACGACAGGAACAUGGAGGUGCAGCGGCUGGAGGCCCUGCUCAAGGCCAUGAAGAGCGAGUGUCAGGGCCAGAUGGAACGGCAGAUGGCAGCCAUUCAGGGGAAGAAUGAGAGUCUGGAGAAAGUGUCCUCCCUCACUGCCCAGCUGGAGUCCACCAAGGAGAUGCUGCGCAAGGUGGUGGAAGAGUUGACGGCCAAGAAGAUGAACCUUGAGAGCUCUGAGAGGACAGUGUCCGACCUGACAGCUUCCCUCCAGGAGAAGGAACGCGCCAUCGAGGCCACCAAUGCAGAGAUCACAAAGCUCCGCUCUCGGGUGGACUUGAAGUUACAGGAGCUUCAACACCUGAAGAAUGAGGGGGACCACCUCAGAAACGUGCAGACGGAAUGCGAGGCACUCAAACUUCAGAUGGCGGAAAAGGACAAGGUCAUCGAGAUUCUGAGGCAGCAGAUUGAGAACAUGACUCAGCUGGUUGGCCAGCAUGGGCGAACCGCGGGCGCUAUGCAAGUGGAGAAGGCUCAGCUAGAGAAGGAGAUUAACGACCGGAAGCUGGAGCUGCAGGAGUUUAAGAUUUUAAAAGAUAAAAAAGAUGCAAAGAUUCGGGAGCUUGAAGCCAGAGUGAGUGACCUGGAACUGGAGAAGGUGAAGCUGGUGAAUGCAGGCUCAGAGCGGCUCCGAGCGGUGAAGGACAUCAGACAUGAGAGAGAUCAGCUGUUAAAUGAGGUGAAGAGUAGUAGGACUGAACUAAACCAUCUCUCAGAGGACUAUGAAGUCUUAAAGAGGAACUUCCGAAACAAAAGUGAGGAGAUGGAGAGCACUACAAACCGACUGAAGAUGCAGCUCAAGUCAGCUCAGUCUGAACUGGAGCAAACAAGGAACACACUCAAGACCAUGGAAGGGUCCGAUGGCCACGCUAUGAAGGUGGCAAUGGGCAUGCAGAAGCAAAUCACAGCCAAGAGAGGUCAAAUAGAUGCCCUGCAGAGCAAGGUGCAGUUUUUAGAAGAGGCUGUGACAAGUGCUAAUAAGGAGAGACACUUUUUGAAAGAAGAGAAGAGUAAGCUCAGCAAAGAGUUGAGUACCGUAGCAACAGAAAAAAACAAGAUGGCUGGGGAGUUAGAAGUGCUGCGGUCUCAGGAACGGCGCUUGAAGGAGAAGGUUGCCAACAUGGAAGUCGCUCUUGACAAGGCAUCUUUGCAGUUUGCAGAGUGUCAAGAUAUAAUACAGCGCCAGGAACAGGAAUCGGUGCGUCUAAAACUUCAGCACACUUUGGAUGUAAAAGAACUUCAGGGCCCUGGAUACACCUCCAAUUCUUCCAUGAAACCUCGCCUUCUCCAGCCAGCAUCUGUGACUCGGUCUCAUUCUAACGUACCAUCCUCCCAGUCAACAGCCAGCUUCCUGUCUCAUCACUCUAUAAAAACCAACACACUGAAGGAGGACCCGACGAGGGACCUGAAGCAACUUCUGCAGGAGUUGAGAAGCGUGAUCAAUGAGGAGCCAGCCAUGCCCCUGAACAAGGCUGAGGAGGCUGGGAGGACUGCGUCUCUUGGAGCAUUGGAUGACAGAGUAAGAGACUGCAUCACUGAAUCAAGCCUGAGAGCAGAGCUCUGCCACAGGAGCAACAACUCCUUGAGGGAGUCCACUGAAGGCAGCAAAUCCAGUGAGACUCUGAGCAGAGAGCCCGUCGCACUGCAUCCGGGAGACCUGGAAGACCCGUCUAGCUGCUUCACGUUCACAUCUUCAGCAAGUCCAUCUGUGAAAAUUUCAGCUUCUCGUUCAUUCAGUUCUUCUCCUAAGAAGUCUCCGGUGCACUCCCUCCUGACUAGCUCAGCCGAGGAGUCAGUAAGCUCCACAUCACAGUAUCACUCUACUAAGCCUGUUCAUUCACCCAACUCUGCAAAAGCUGUGACCAAAACCAGCCCAUCACUAUGUGAAUCAUUCCCGUUGAUAAGAAAUAAGCCACACAAGCAAUUUUCUAAUAGAUUCACAGUCUCCGUCACUAGAAACAACAGGAAAAACCUGCCGAAAACUGCAGAACAGACUGGAAAGUUUGCAAACCCUGGUAGAAGAUUUACAGCUGAAGAACCAAGCAAUGUCUUCAAUGAUAAGAAAUCAAGAAAAGAGGAUUCAGAAAGUGAAAGAUCAGGAAAAAAUGUUACGAAAAUGAUGCAUUGCUUGCCCGCUCUCUACAGAGGGCUGACGCCUGACUAAUUGUGGUGUUAUUUAUAAUUAGUGCCCUGUGAACUUUUUUCUUUUUAUGUGAAUUUUAAUAAAAGAUACCCUGUCCUGUAUACUCUAUUUUGAAAUAAACUUCUUGAAUGCUCUCACAAUAAAACUUGGAAUAUUACCAGUUA